CGCAACUCGACCCAAGUUGGAAGCCAAGCCCGGGCGGCUGCACUCGCGGCGAGCGCACAGCAGCGGCGGCUAAGGAGGAGCUAGAGGAGGCUGCGGCGAAGCGCUGGCGAGCGAGGCAGGCGAGGCGGCGCCCGUGCCCCGGAGCAGCGGGAGGACUCGCGGCGGCAGCGCCGCCGGCGCCCGGGCCGGGAAAGUAAAGUUGGAGCUCGAGGCUGCGCGCGGGCGCGGGGGCCCGGAGGAGCGGCAGCCCGCGCCCCGGCGCGCCGAGCUUUAGCCGGCCGGAUGGGAGGCGGAGCGCCUGGGCCGCCGCCGCCACUUGCAGCCUGCGCCCGAGUCGGGCGUGGGGACCGUGGAGCCGCCCGGGCGCGUCCGCUGGGGCACCGCGUCAACGUGGGCUCGCUGCUGGGGCGCUCUUCGUGAGCGGGGCCGCGUGGGGACCCCAGGACCUUACCCCCUUCCCCCAGCCGCCGCGUCGCCGCUAGCACCAGGAGCCUCCGGCUGUGCACUCGCGCGCGCGCGGCAGCGGCAGGGAGCCCGGCAGCCACGCUCUCCGGCGCACCGCCCGCUGGGCUACUAAGGCCGAAGGCCAGCUGCGGGGCCAUGCAGGCACCGGCCCGGGCUGGGGAGCGCCCGAGCUGCAGCGGCAGCUGCGUCCCGGCCCCGGGCGGGACCGCUUAGCUUACGGGAGGACCAUGGCGUCCCCGGCGCUGGCCGCUGCGCUGCUGGCAGCGGAGGGCCCCAACGCGAGCGGCGCUGGCGAGGGGGGCGGCGGCGUCAACGCCUCGGGGGCCGUCUGGGGGCCACCGCCCAGCCAGUACUCGGCGGGGGCGGUGGCAGGGCUGGCGGCAGUGGUGGGUUUCCUCAUCGUCUUCACCGUGGUGGGCAACGUGCUGGUGGUCAUCGCCGUGCUCACCAGCCGGGCGCUGCGCGCACCGCAAAACCUCUUCCUGGUGUCUCUGGCCUCGGCCGACAUCCUGGUGGCCACGCUGGUCAUGCCCUUCUCGCUGGCCAACGAGCUUAUGGCCUACUGGUACUUCGGGCAGGUGUGGUGCGGAGUGUACCUGGCGCUGGACGUGCUCUUCUGCACUUCGUCCAUCGUGCACCUGUGCGCCAUCAGCCUGGACCGCUACUGGUCGGUGACGCAGGCUGUCGAGUACAACCUGAAGCGCACACCACGCCGAGUCAAGGCCACCAUCGUGGCUGUGUGGCUCAUCUCGGCCAUCAUCUCCUUCCCGCCACUUGUCUCCUUCUACCGCCAGCCCGAUGGCGCCGCCUACCCGCAGUGCGGCCUCAACGACGAGACCUGGUACAUCCUGUCUUCCUGCAUCGGCUCCUUCUUCGCGCCCUGCCUCAUCAUGGGCCUGGUCUAUGCGCGCAUCUACCGCGUGGCCAAGCUGCGCACGCGCACGCUCAGUGAGAAGCGCGGGCCCGCGGGCCCGGAGGGCGAGUCCCCGACCACGGAGAACGGGCUGGGCGCGGCAGCGGCGGCGGCCGCGGGAGAGAACGGGCACUGCGCGCCCCCGCGCGCCGACGUGGAGCCGGACGAGAGCAGCGCGGCCGAGAGGAGGCGGCGACGAGGUGCGCUGCGGCGGGGCGCACGGCAGCGCGAGGCAGGUGUGGAAGCUCCAGGGCCUGGCUUGGGGUCCGCAGCGGCCGACCCGGGAGCCCUGUCAGCGUCCCGGUCCCCGGGCCCCGGCGGGCGCCUGUCGCGUGCCAGCUCACGUUCCGUCGAGUUCUUCCUGUCGCGCCGGCGCCGGGCGCGCAGCAGCGUGUGCCGCCGCAAGGUGGCCCAGGCUCGGGAGAAGCGCUUCACCUUCGUGCUGGCCGUGGUCAUGGGCGUGUUCGUGCUGUGCUGGUUCCCGUUCUUCUUCAGCUACAGCCUGUACGGCAUCUGCCGCGAGGCCUGCCAGCUGCCCACCCCGCUCUUCAAGUUCUUCUUCUGGAUCGGCUACUGCAACAGCUCUCUCAACCCAGUCAUCUACACAGUCUUCAACCAGGACUUCCGGCGCUCCUUCAAGCACAUCCUCUUCCGACGGAGGCGCAGGGGCUUCCGCCAGUGAUGGGUGUCCUGGCCCAGCUGGCGCAGGGGCCAAGUGGCCUCCCCAGAGGAGGCCAGAGACCCGGGGACAGAGGAGCCUGUGGGGCGCAGGGGAGGGUGAGCUGGUGCUGCCUCCAGGGAGUGGGGAGGAGAGAGGGGUCACCCCUUUGCCUCCCUCGCAGCAGGGGCCUACUUCUGGGCUCCUGGAGGGGCCCUGCGGAAUGGCUGUGAAGUCGGUGUGACACCCACCGAGAGGGCUCGGCCCCCACCUGGGUGAGAAAGGGUUAAUGUCUCUCCAACACACACAUUACCCAGUGACCCCGCUGAACAAGGGCUGACUUCUCUGGCACCAGGGCGAUUUGGAAGGAACUGACAAUCUUUGAUUACUGAAAGUAUUUAGAUGUUUGCCAAAACAACAAAACUAUUUUCUAAAUAAACCUUUGUAACCUAA